GCAAGCGCCUGGUGGAACAGGAGAAGCCAGGGUUACCCAACGGGGGCCUAGUUGUAUCUUUCGUAGAGUUUUUUAUUUUCUGGAUCCAAACCAUCGAAUUCAUUGUCCUCCCAGGAGCGAGGAGAAAACGAGGUGUAGGCUUGAGGAGAAUGAUGGAGUCAGGAAAGAGAAGAUCUAAAGAUGACACUUGGAAAACUGAUGACCUUAAGAAAUACCUUCGGGCAUCACAGUCAGAAUUACAAAAAGAAGAAAAGAAACACAGGGAAAAGAAAAUACACAGAGAUUCAGAAAUGAGUGAUUUGUAUGAUUACAAAGAAUAUAAGCACAAAGAUCAAGACAGGGAAAUCCUGAAAAACAGAGGAGAAAGGAUAAGUGAAAGAGACAGCCACAUGAAUAAAGAAACUGGAAGGAGUAAUUAUAGUGAGAGAGACAGAGACAAACAAAAAGAAAAGAGAAAAGAACCAAGAGAAAGAGAAAAAAACAAAGACAAACACCGUGAACAAGAGUCUGAGAAGGAAAAAUAUCACCGAGGGAAAGACAGAGAAAAAGAUAAAGAAAGGAAACUUAAGAAAGAAGAAUCAAAACAAACUCUUUCUUCACAUCAUAACUUAAAAGGACAUGAAAUGGAAAAGAAGAGUUUUUCAGGAACCAAAGGAAAAGAUAAAGACAGAGACCAAAAAGAUGAUUCUGAAAGAAAAGAAGAUGAAAAGAAGUUUCGAGAAAAGAAGUUUGGUGAAAAUAAAGAGUUUACUCUGAGAUAUUACAUGCAUAAAGAAGAAGGAGAAAGAAAGCAUAAGAAACAAAAAGAACAAGAACAAGAUAAGAAACACAAAGAAAAAAGCAGCACUAGGGAUAAAAAAGAAAGACUGUCAAAAGAAAAAAGCAACAUGGCCUAUGACAAGGAUAUGGAAGAAAAACAUAAAGAAAAACGGCAUAAAGAAGGAAUUUCUUUAGAGGAUGAGAGGUCAAAAAAUACCCUGGAGAGGAAAGAAAAAACAUCUAAAGAAGAGCAUAAAAAGAAAAAGGAAUCAAAGACUAGUGACCACAGAAGUGGAGGAGCAAAUUCCAAAAGAGAAAGUAUAUCUAUCAUCCAACGUGUAGAGAAUUUAGGAAAGACUGGUGGAAAGGACAACAAAGACAGCAAAAAAAAGGACUAUGAAGAUGACUUUGAUAAUUGUGAUGGUAAUGGUGAUGGUGAAGGUGAUGAUGACGAUGAUGAUGACGACGAUGAUGAUGACGAUGAUGAUGAUGGUGGUGUUGUUGUUGGUGGUAAUACUGGUGUUGGUGCUGGAGAAAAGAUGAAGGAAAGGGAUGAAGAAAUUCCUCUAGCCAGGAAAAUGGAAAUACAAGAAAUCCAAAGAGCUAUUAAUGCAGAAAAUGAAAGGAUUGGUGCAUUUCCUUUGAAGCGAAUUCAAAAGCAAUUGCAAACAGAAAUUGAAAAGGAACCAAAACCAGAAGUAAAAGAUUCACCUUCUAGAGGCUCUCUGUGUGGAAUAUUUAUGGAUUUUGCUGCAGCUUCACAGCGACAAAGCUGUCGGAAUCAUGCUCUUAAACAACGGACACGAAGUGCAAAGUUACUUCGACUGAUUGACUUGGAUUUUUCAUUUAGUUUUUCUCUCUUGGAUCUGCCACCAGUAAAUGAAUAUGAUAUGUAUAUAAGAAACUUUGGUAAAAGAAAUACCAAACAGGCAUAUGUUCAAUAUAAUGAAGAUAACGUGGAAAGAGAUGUUCAAACUGAGGAAAUAGAAACGCAUGAAGCAUGGACCCAGCAUCCAGGUGAAAGUACCAUUGUAUCAGGAAGUACUAAAAACAGCAGAGAUAUGUCUGAUAGUACAUUUGUGACAAAGGUUGACACACCAAGAUUAGCAAAUUUUCUCCGGGCUGCUUGUCAGGUGAUUGCUGUAUUACUUGAGGAAGACCGUGCUGCAACUGAACCCAACUGGAAUCUCAGGUCUCAAGAAAAUGCCCUUAAUAUUAGUGAAAACUGUGCCCAAAUGAACACUAAUCUACCAUUCUUACAAAAUCGGAAAGUGUCAUCUUUACAUGUUUCUCAAAUUCAGAGACAGACUUUAGUUUCUGUUCAUGAGUUACCUGAAAAACCAUUCUCUGAUAUACUGGAUAAAAGAUACAUUCUUUGUGUCUGGGACAUUUGGCAGCCUUCCAGUCCUCAGAAGAUUUUAAUUUGUGAAUCAAAGGUCAUGUGCUGUUGUUUUAGCCCUUUUAAAGCAAUUUUACUAUUUGCUGGAACAAUCCAUGGCUCAGUAGUUUUGUGGGAUCUACGAGAAGACUCCAGGAUGCAUCACUAUGUGAAGUUAAAAGACAGUGCUUGGACAUUUAGGACAGCAACAUUUUCUACUGAUGGUGUUCUUACUGUAGUAAACCACAGAAGUCCUGUUCAAUCAAUUGAACCUGUUUCAACAUCUGUCUACAAAAAACAGAACUUUGUGCUUUCACCUUUUUCUAAUCAAGAAGAAAUAUCUGGUUUAUCAUUCCACAUUGCUUCAUUGGAUGAAAACGGAACUCUUAAUAUAUGGGUUGUGGUUGAACUACCAAAAUCGGAUUUUGCCGGUUCUCAAAGUGAUCUAGGUUUAAUACCAGGAGGAAAGAUAAAAUUGGUACACAGCUCUACGAUUCAGUUGAAUAACAGCUUUUCUUCUAAAAGUAACACAAAUGUGGGGACAAUGCAGACACUGACUGUGAAGUUUUUGCCUUCAGAUCCUAAUCGUUUUGUUAUUGGUACGGAUAUGGGUGUCAUAAGUCAUGGUGCAAGACAUGAUUCCAAAGUUUCCCCAAAACUGUUCAAACCCCAGCAACGUGAAGAAAGACCAGUGAAAGUUACCGUGAUUGAUUUUUCACCAUUUGGAGACCCAAUGUUUUUGGCUGGCUGUUCAGAUGGAAGCAUUAGACUACAUCAGCUAACUUCUGAGUAUCCAAUUUGUCAGUGGAAUAACAGUACGAAGGGGCAGGCAAUUCUUGCCUUAAAGUGGACACAGACAAGACCUGCUGUGUUUUUGGUUCAGGAUGACAUAUCCAACAUUUACAUAUGGGACCUAUUAGAAAAUGAUUUGGGACCUGUAGCUAAACAAUUCAUCGCUCCAGAUAAGCUCAUCACGGCAACAGUCUUGGGUGAUCCCGAAAAGACAAACAGAUUCCUUAGUCUGGCAUUGGCCAAAACAUCUGGAGUUAUUGAAAUCCAGUACCUAAAGAAGAAAUGGUCAUUACCCAAGAAAGAAGAACAAAGGAGACUGCGUUUGCUUCUGCAAGACUCCCUCUAGAAAUGGAAAAAUAAUUUUCUAAGGAGCUCAUAGAAAAGGAGCAUUACCAGAGACUUUUUGUUCAAUGAUUAAAAAUGAAUUAGGUAUUAUUAAGAGGCGUAUAAUUUAAUAGCUACUCCAUCUAUGUGCAUGUAUAUUUCUGUAUAUAGAAUAUAUGUAUAUAUAUAUUCUGUAUAUAAUUCAUUUUACUGUUGAUUACAGUGUUUCUACUAAAAUCAAUAUUUUUGAACAGGAAAAGAAAUGACAUUUUCAUAUCUAUUGAACUUAAAGGGAAAUACAUAUUAUAGCCACUCCCAGUGUAUUGUUUAUGGAGGAUCUUUAUAUAUUUUUUUCAGAACAGCUCUAAAAUAUGAUCAUCAAAUUUAUCACUGUUUUUAAAACCACCCACCAUGAAAUGAAUUUAAAUGGACUAUUUUCUUACUCACACAGAUACCUAUGCCUGUCCAAAUUAAAAGCA